UCGAGCGAAAGGAUUUGGUCACUGUUCGGCGCUCCUCGAAAUUCAACAACCGUCAAAUGAUUUCCUCUAGAGCAAUUCUUUCAUUUGUUAUAACGCCGUUCAGUGAGACGCCGCCAGGCGCUCUCUGUCUGGUUCGACAGUUCGAUCAGUGCAUCUUACGAAGCGACUUUUAAAAGGCUAACAAAGUUAGUCGAACGUAGCAGUAGCCGAGCUCGCUAACGAGCUAGCUUGAGACAUGCCGAAUUUUUGCGCGGCGCCGAACUGCACGCGGAAAAGCACACAGUCGGAUUUGGCUUUUUUUCGCUUUCCGAGGGACCCCGAAAGAUGUCGUAUAUGGGUAGAGAACUGCCGCAGAGCGGACCUGGAGGCCAAAACCGCCGAUCAGUUGAACAAGCACUACAGAUUGUGUGCCAAACAUUUUGAUCCGGCCCUGGUGUACAGAACAAGCCCCUACAGGACGGUGCUGAAGGAUACGGCCAUUCCCACCAUCUUCGAUCUGACCAGCCAUUUGGCAAAUCCUCAUGUUAAACACCGCAAGCAGAUAAAGGAGCUAACUGAGGAGGACCUAAGACGAAUCAAGGAAAGGAGAUUGGCAUCCUCUGCUGAGAAGUCCAAAAAAGAAGCGGCCACCGAGGAUCAUAGUGCAGACGAGCCGCAGAUGUCCGCGGAGGAGAAGCAGCUGCGCGAUUACCUGCGCUCUCUGUUUGAGGUGGUCCUGACGCUGGCCAAGCAGUGCAUCCCGUUGGAGACCUUCAAAGCCCUCGACGGUGGCAACGUGUCCAACAAUUUCCAGGCGCUGCUGGAGUACCGGAUGCACGCCGGAGACGAGGCCCUGAGGAAGCGCUUCGAGGCGAUGCCGGUGAACGCCCAGUUCCUCUCCUCGGUGCAACUGUCCCAGCUCCUGGAUGUGUGUGAGAACACGGUGAGGGAAGAGAUGCUGAUGGAGGCCAGGGAAGGCCGCUUCUUCUCGCUGGUCACCGAUGACCUGGUGGACUUCGGCGGCGACAAGCAUCUGCCGCUCUUCUUGCGCUUCGUCAACCAGCACAACGUCCUCCGCGAGGAGUUUUUGGACUUUGUAUCUUUCGACGGCGACGAACUGGCGCUGGUGGAGCGUCUGGAGGCGCAGCUGACGGAGCGCUGGGGGCUCAGCAUGGAAGACUGCCGCGGGCAGGCGCACAAGGUGACCGGGGCGUCGGCCACCAAGAUGAAGGCGGUGGCCGUGCUCCUGAUGGAGAAGUACCCGCUGGCCUUGCACAUGCCCUGCUCGCGCAUGGCGCUCAACAUUCACCUGGCCAACAGUCUCCCCUUCCCCAACGUGCAGGUGCUCAUGGAAACGCUCAGGAGGUUGGCAGCCGCCUUCAAAAGCGUGCCGGCGCAGGCCUGGCUGGAGACGUUUAUCUCUUCUCACUAUCCAAAGAGCGACGAAAAAGCGGCAGCGCUACGUCAGGCCUGCAGCGAUGGCUGGACCGAGCAACAUAACGUCUUCGACGUUCUCCUCGACAUCCUGCCGCCACUUGUUUCCUGCUUGGACACCAUUCGAGACAACGCGGACGGCACGUUCGACGCCGCCGCGGUGGCCAGCGCCUACUCCCUCGUGGAAAUUCUCGCCGACUUUGAGAUGGUGAUGACCGCCGUGGUUCUGAGGAGCGUCCUCACCUUCACCCGAGCGUUCGGACGGAACCUCCAAGGCGAGACGCUGGACGCCUUCUGCGCCGCCAACAGCCUCACCGCUGUCAUGCACUCGCUCAAUGAGGUCAACGACAACAUCGACGUGUACCACGAGUUCUGGUACGAGGAGGCGGCGAACGUGGCCGCCUCCAUGGAGAUCCCCGUGGCCGUCCCCCGACUCUUCGUUCAGAGGCAGCGCGCCACCGACAUGGGCGAGAUCCAAGCGGAGGCCUACUACCGGGAGUAUGUCACACUGCCAAUCAUCCACAGCGUCAUGCAGGAGGUGGAGGAGAUGUUCUCCGAGGUCAACCUCAAAGUCCUCAAGUGCCUGUCGCUGGUGCCCGCUAUCAUGGGCCAGAUGAAAUUCAACACCAGCGAGGAGAACUCGGCCGACGUGUACCGCGCCGACCUCCCCAGCCCCGACACGCUGCCGGCCGAGCUGCACUGUUGGCGGAUCAAAUGGAAGCACCGUGGCAAGGAGGUGCGUCUGCCCACCACUGUUCACGAGACGCUGCAGCUGCCCGACAUCAAGUUCUUCCCCAACGUCAACGCGUUCCUCAAGGUGCUCUCCACACUGCCAGUACUCAGGAUGGAGGAGCAACAGGGCGCAACUGCCGGCGAGCGGCUGCGGGCGUACCUGGACGCCGUGCCCGCAAAACUGUGGAACCGCAGCCUCGCCGUGCUCAACGUCAACGCCCACGUCAAGCCAGACUUGGACGUCAUGGUAGACAAGUACUGCAGACUUUACCCCGAGGACGAUACUGAGCUAGAAGCCGAGCCUGAAGAAGAGGACACCAAAUAAAAUACAUCCAUUAUGUUUCUGGACUGUAGCUUUAGCGACAUCUUUUGUAUUUAGUGUGUGUUGCCUUCAAUGAAUAUUUGAAACAGCUGCACCAUGUGAUGAAGUGUAACCGAAGGUGGGCAUUUUCAUCAUCAUUUUUCAUACAACUCUUGAAAUAGGCGCUUGUAUGCCACAAAAAGUGGGAACACAGGUUAAAUAUGUACCUUCUGGCUACAAGUGAAAGCAUUAAAUUGUUCUGCUUGUCAUUAUACAUCCCUGGCAUAGACGAAAUAUUGUAUACUGAGUAAAUAGUUUUCUGACCAAUUAAAUGCAUUUGGAUAAAG